AUGGAGGCAUUGGAUGUCGACCGAAUCCUCGGUCAGCUGCUAGAGGUCCGGCACACCAGACCGCUGAAGCUCGUCCAGCUCACAGAAGUAGAGAUCAGCAGUCUAUGCUUCCUCUCCCGCGAGGUCUUCAUGGACCAGCCGAUACUGCUUGAGCUGGGCUGUCCGCUGAAGGUUUGCGGGGAUGUCCAUGGACAGUACUCCGAUUUGCUGAAGCUCUUUGAGUGCGGCGGCUUCCCGCCAGAGGCGAACUACCUCUUCUUGGGAGACUAUGUCGACAGGGGCAAGCAAAGCCUCGAGACAAUCUGCUUGGAGCCCGUUGACCUCGAAGACCCCAAUGGCCUUGCACGCAAGCUGGCAGAUGCGCUGCUGCAGGCACAGGUCGAGGACCUGACACAACGAGGACAGAGAGCUGUGCCUCUUAGCGCAGCACGCUGUUCUCUGGAAACUCCGCAUCCGAAUGCAGCUUUUGUUGUCGUUGACAUCUCGACUAACUACGACUUCUCCAAGCUCUCGAGCCUCGAAGUGGACGAGAAGAAUGCCCAGCAGUUUGUAGAGCAGCUGGGGCCCGGCAAGCGGCCGCUUUGGGCCAUUCCAGUUCUCCUCAGGCCCAAAGGAGCCGAUCUUGUCCUGGUGUUCUCCUGCGUGCUCCGGGAGUGUGGGUCUAUCAGACAAUCCGCAGCCGGGUCGCCUCUUGCGGAGCUCAAGAACUGGUCCUUGAGAAACUCCCGCAGCGCACAGGUGACCUUCCUCCGACGAUCCUCUGCAGAGAGUGCAGAGCAGGAGAUGAUCCUCGGUGGCCCCAAAGUUGCUGCAGCGCUUCUGGAAGCCCCCGAUGCUCGCGAUGAGAGCAAAGAUGCUGAAGCCUGGCGACUGGCACAAGAGAGCCAGCGGCAGUUGCUGGCCGAGGAAGCAGAGUCCUCCAGGAAAGCCCAGCGAGCAAAGCCCAAAGGUCGCCAGAAUGUUGCAGCUGUUGCUGCGCCGAAGCCGGGCGAACUUGAGAAGGGCUCUGCAGCUGAAGCAGACACUGGGACCUCGGACGCCUCAGACGCCUCAGACGUGCCAGGCGCACUGGGGAUGCAAGAAGACCCGGAUGCACCCGCUGAGACCACAGGCAAGGCGAUUGCUGAUGCGGAGAGCGAGGAGUGGCAGCAGUGUGCACGCAGAAGGAGGUCUCGGCGCCAAGAAGCGAACCUAGAGAACCAGGACGCAGAGCUCGCUGAAGACAUCGACAUCGGAGGUCUCUCAAAGCCCUCCAUCAAUCAGCUGCUGUGCGGGUGGCUGGCGGCUUUGCGUGCCGAAGAGUCCUGUCGAGUGUUCGACGUGGACCGAGCCGAACUGGCUUCCAACUACUGGUUCUACCGGCGGAACGAGAAUGCCUGGCACAUCUGCUCUUGUGUCCCUGACCCCUGGCAGCCACUACCAGAGAUCGAGCCCGACGGAAACGACCCUCAAGUGGUGCUGUUCGGGGUGUCCGGGCCACCAGGAUUGGGACCCAGACUGGAAGACACAUCUCUCUGGCGGCACCUCCUCCGAGGAACUCACGGCUUCUCGCUUCACGGGCCAAAGCCCAUCAGCUUGUAUCCUGACGCCCCUGAAAUUGCAAGGGUUGCCAGAAGGCGACAGAGGAACGCUGGCUGGCGCCGAUGGUGGUCGGUGUUUGCAAAAACUCGGCAAACAGAGCAGCUUCCACCGGGACUGCCCACUGCCUUCGGAGCCUGUACUUCCUCAAAUGGAGAUCCUUUUGCAGACACCUGGUCUCAAGUGCCACCGUAUGCAACCGUGUUUAUACCCGUGCCGAUACAUCUGGCUGUAAAGGUGCAGCAGUAUGCGGAAAAGCUCCAGCGUGAGGAGCUCGAGAUCUUGGUGAAGUUUGCUGAGAACUUCUUCCUUUUGCGUGGCAACCAUGAAUGCGCGUCCAUCAAUCGUAUUUAUGGCUUCUAUGAUGAGUGCAAGCGACGGUACAGUAUAAGGUUGUGGAAAACCUUCACUGACUGCUUCAAUUGCCUUCCGGUCAGCGCAGUCAUAGAGGACAAGAUUGUGUGCAUGCAUGGCGGCCUCUCGCCCGAGCUAAAUCAGCUCCAGCAGAUCAACCAGGUGGUCAGACCCACGGAUGUGCCAGACACAGGCCUUCUCUGCGACCUCCUCUGGUCAGAUCCGGAGAAAGAGAUCAGCGGCUGGGGUGAGAAUGACAGAGGGGUUUCAUUCACCUUCGGGCCCGACGUUGUGUCAGGAUUUCUGAGAAAGCACAGCCUGGACCUUGUAUGCCGUGCGCACCAGGUUGUUGAGGACGGCUACGAGUUCUUCGCGUCUCGCGCGCUGGUGACGCUCUUUAGCGCCCCAAACUACUGCGGCGAGUUUGACAAUUCUGCGGCCAUCAUGACCGUGGACGAACGGCUGUGCUGUGCCUUCCAGAUCCUGCGGCCCAUGCGUCUCUAG